UCUCCAGGUGUCUUAUCAUAAUAUUAAAUAGUAUCUCGUUCAUAAGAGAUAAUAACAAGUGUUUUUUUUUAAUUUAUAUAAUUGAGAUUAGUUGUUUGACCUUGUUCUUUAUAAAAGUAAACACAGAUUCAUUACAUUGCAGUAUUCACUAAUAACAAUGUCCUUCAAAUUGUGUGCCAAUCUUAACUUCCUCUUUGUGGAAGCUAAUGCCAAUAUAUUGGAAAGAAUUGCAGCAGCAGGUAAAGCCGGUUUUCGUGGCAUAGAAAUCGGUUAUCCGAGUGAGGAUUUAUUGGAAAAGGUUGUUCAAUCCCAAAAAAAUGCUAAUGUAGAGGUGGCACUUUUAAAUAUCUCAACAAAUGGAGGUGAUAAAUACAGUGCCGGCCCGACAAGCAUACCCGGCGGAGAGGAACAGUUUAAAACCAAUCUAAGCGACUCUAUCAAUUUGGCUAAAAAACUGAAGUGUAAGAAAAUACAUCUUAUGGCUGGCAAGCAAACUGACAAACCAGUUGGAGAGCAUUAUCAAACUUAUGUCAGUAAUUUAAAAAUUGCCGCUAAAAUGCUCCAACAGGAAAAUCUUGUGGGAGUCAUUGAACCAAUCAAUAAAUAUGCAGUUCCAGGAUACUUUUUGAAUUCUUAUGAUACUGCUAUUAAUGUGUUAAAAGAAGUUAACAGUCCACAUAUAAAACUUAUGGUUGAUGUCUAUCAUCUGCAACAUAUUUGUGGUAAUGUUAGUAAUACAUUCAAAGAAUUACAACCAUUUAUUGGACACAUUCAAAUUGCACAAGUACCACAUCGUCAUGAGCCAGAUGUACCUGGCGAACUUGAUUAUGGUUUUGUAUUUGAUGUAAUCAAGAACUCAGGUUAUGAAGAUUGGAUUGGUUGUGAAUAUAAACCGAAGGGCAACACUGUCGAUGGAUUGGGAUGGGUGUCCAAGUAUGGAUUAAAAUUGUAAAUGAAAAUAUUUUCACUUGUUUUUUAUAAUGUCAAAUAUGUAAAUU